AUGAUUUACAUUUUAGAUAUUCUUUCUUUCUUUCUUUCUCUCUUUCUUUCUCUCUUUCUUUCUUUCUUUCUUUCUUUCUUUCUUUCUUUCUUUCUUGCUUGCUUUCUUUUUUUCUUUCUUAAUAUGUUCUACCUUGCUGCUUUCUUUCUUUUUUAUUUCCUUUCUUUCUUUCUUUCUUUCUUUCUUUCUUUCUUUCUUUCUUUCUUUCUUUCUUUCUUUCUUAAUACCUUUCUUUCUUUCUUUCUUUCUUUCUUUCUUUCUUUCUUUCUUUCUUUCUUUCUUUCUUUCUUAAUACGUUCAACUUUCUUUCUUUUUUUUUUCUUUUCGCAUCUCUCGUUCACUUGCGCCUCUUCCGUUUUUUCUUCAUUCCUGCUCCUUGGCUUUAUUUCCGGCAUAGACACCACUUUUUCUCCCUCUCACCCACUCCCUAGACAGAACUCAUCAAACUCGACGCCACACCAUCUAUCCAUGUUUUCAACCUUUUCCUCCUCCUACACGUCUGCCUCACCCAAUUUUCAUCGUACAACUGCAUCACAGCAGGCGCAUCUUCCUGAAUGCACUAACGUCUGUGCAAGUCUGCAAGAGUCUACAAUCUGGCGCCGCCGACGGAAAGAGCCGGAUUCGAUCGACUAUUUACGGAGAAAACGAGAGGCGCGCGCGCGGUGCCGAGUUCACGACAGCCCCGCCACCUGGCGUCGGAUUUUCUUUCUUUCUUUCUUUUGUCAUUUUUUCUUUUUUUUUCUUCCUUUAAUUUCCCUCCUUUUUUUGCUACGGGAAUCUUUCUACUUAUUCUUAAUUUACUUAGUUUCUUUCUUUCUUUCUUUCUUUCUUUCUUUCUUUCUUUCUUUCUUUCUUUCUUUCUUUCCUUAA